AUGAUGGAAAGAAUACGAAAGGAGAUGCUCCUGAUGGAAAGGGGGCUGCACAGCCCGACGGCCGGCAAGAGGCUGGCCAACCUGUCCGACGCGGCGGGCAACGCCGUGCUGGAGGCCCUGGAGAACUCGCCCCACGGCGGCCGCCUCAGCCCUCGGCUGGCCUCGGCCUCCCUGCACGGCGCCCUCGGGGACCUCCCCGGCAAAGGCAAGUUCGAGAUCGACACUUUGUUCAACCUGCAGCAGCACCCGAGCGGCGAGGGCGCUGCGGGCCCGGAGCUGCCUCCGGCCGAGAGCAGGAAGAAAAUCGGCCACUACUCCGAAGUUGCCCCGGAGGCCGACAUGAGCAGCGACGUGGAGGUGGGCUGCUCGGCGCUGCGCUCCCCCGGCGGCCUGCAGUCCUCGCAGCUGAAGGAAAACAACGGCGGCGGUUACUCGGAAAACAGCUCCACGCCCAGCACCACCACCUCGUCCUCGGGUUCGAGCCUCAGCAGCCUGCACAGCGGGAGCGCCUUGGGGAGCUCGGCCUCCGGAGCGGAUCAAGUCAGGAGGUACCGCACCGCCUUCACCCGGGAGCAGAUAGCCAGGCUGGAAAAGGAGUUCUACCGGGAGAACUAUGUGUCUCGGCCCAGGAGGUGCGAGCUGGCCGCUGCGCUCAACCUGCCCGAGACCACCAUUAAGGUGUGGUUCCAGAACCGACGCAUGAAGGACAAGCGGCAAAGGCUGGCCAUGUCGUGGCCCCACCCGGCGGACCCCAGCUUCUACACCUACAUGAUGACCCACGCGGCGGCCACGGGGAGCCUACCUUACCCCUUCCAUUCCCACGUGCCUCUGCACUACUACCCGCACGUCGGGGUGACUGCGGCGGCCGCGGCAGCAGCAGCUUCUGGGGCGGCCGCCUCCCCUUUCGCCACCUCCAUCCGCCCUCUGGACACCUUCCGCGCCCUAUCGCACCCCUAUUCCCGCCCGGAGCUGCUGUGCAGCUUCAGGCACCCGGGCCUCUACCAGUCGCCCGCCGCCGCGGCUGCCGCGGGUCUGAACAGCAGCGCCGCGGCUUCCGCGGCAGCCGCAGCGGCUGCGGCCGCGGCUGCCGCGGCUUCUUCGGCCCCGCCCACCGGCCCCGCCCCUUGCUCCUGCCUCAGCUGCCACAGCAGCCAAUCAGCGGCGGCGGCCGCGGCGGCCCUGGGAUCGCGGGCUGCCGGCUCGGAUUUCACCUGCACUGCUGCGGGAGCGGCAGCUGCGGCCUCGCAGCGCUCCGAAAGCGGCUUUUUGCCUUACUCGGCGGCGGUGCUCAGCAAGACGGCCGUGGCCUCCCCAGACCAGCGGGAGGAGGCGCCCUUGACCAGAUAA